AUGGGUGACGUAAACGACGCCAACGGAAACAUCAGGAAUGAGCAAGCUGACUUAGAUGUCAGAGAAGUGGCACCUCUUGUGCCCGAGGAUGCGCUUUAUGACUGGAGACUGACUACAGCAGAAUUUGAUGAAGCUAUUCUAGUUCCUGAAGAUAUUACAAAGGCAGGAGUGAAGGAUAAUGUAUUACCUGACCUUGAACCUUAUCAAAGGUUAGUAGGCAGGUUGCUAUACUUAACCAUGACAAGGCCUGACAUAGCCUAUGUUGUCCAGGUUCUCAGUCAAUUCAUGCAUAAACCUAAAAGAUCACAUAUGGAUGCUGCAUUGAGGAUUGGGCUACUUGUCCCUAGUCUAGGAAAUCAGUCACAGGGUAUCUGGUCAAGAGUUGGAGUCCAGAUUCAGCUGCCUAUUCACUUGCAUUGUGACAACAAAGAAGCCAUUCAGAUAGCUGCAAAUCCCAUCUUCCAUGAGAGGACAAAGCACAUUGACUUUGAUUGCCAUUUUGUGCGAGAAAAAUUGCAGCAAGGCCUUAUUCAGACUCAUCAUAUUAACACCAAGUUGCAAUUGGCAGAUAUACUUACUAAAGGUCUAGGGAAAGUCCAGCACUACUCUUUACUUAGCAAGCUGGGAGUUGAAAAUUUGUUCAUACCCCACAGCUUGAGGGGGAGUGUUGAGACUAGUGAUGAUUGUGGUGGUUAG